GGGGGAGGGAAGGGAUGAAGGGAAUCGCAGAAAGGAAAAGAUACAGAAUAUGAAUAAAAGGCUAUCGAUUAGACACCGUGCGGUGCAAGGUCGAAUAUGAAAGAUUCGUUGAACGGGGCACUUUGCGUGGUAAUAGCUGGUCGGCAAUAGUACUAUGAUUUGGUAUGUGGCCACUCUGAUAGCAAGUGUAUUCAGCACCAGAGGAACGGCUGCUCAAGGUGCCCACGGUGUGAGAGAAGAGCCCCGUUUUGUGACGGCGCGAGCUGGAGAGAGCGUGAUUCUAGGAUGUGACGUGUCCCCUCCCCUGGACGGCCAGCAGCCCCCCUACGUGGUGGAGUGGUUCAAGUUUGGAGUGCCAAUCCCCUUGUUCAUCAACUUCCGCUUCUACCCUCCCCAUGUGGACCCGGAGUACACAGGUCGAGCCAGUCUUCAUGGGAAGGCGUCCCUGCAGAUUGUCCCUGUGCACCCUGAGGACCAGGGCUGGUACGAGUGCCGGGUCCUGAUGCUGGAGCAGCAGUACGACACCUUCCACAAUGGCAGCUGGGUGCACCUCACGGUCAAUGCCCCUCCCACUUUUACAGCCACGCCUCCACAGUAUGUGGAGGCCAAAGAGGGGGGCAGCACCCUUCUCAGCUGUUCCGCCCAGGGAAACCCUAAACCAAUGAUCAGCUGGCUGAGGGAAGGGGAGGAGCUAGCCACAAAUGCAAAAUAUACGGUGCAUGAUGGCAGCUUGACCAUCUUGGGGAUCACACGCGAGGACAGAGGAGCGUACACCUGCAGGGCCUACAGCGACCAGGGGGAGGUGCUGCACACAACGCGCCUGCUCGUCCAAGGCCCACCGUAUAUUGUGACACCACCAGAAAACAUCACUGUAAACAUAUCCCAGAAUGCACUCUUCACCUGCCAAGCCGAGGCCUAUCCUGGCAACCUAACCUACACAUGGUUUUGGGAAGAGGAUAACGUCUACUUCAAGAAUGACCUGAAGCUCCGGGUACGCAUCCUCAUUGACGGCACGCUCAUCAUCUUCCGGGUGAAGCCGGAGGAUGCUGGAAAAUACACCUGCAGCCCGAGCAACAGUCUGGGAGUCUCGCCAUCCGCCUCGGCACACCUGACUGUUCACGUGCUGGCUCAGAACAAGCUGGGAACGGGGCCCUUCAGUGAGGUGGUGACGGUCAACACUGCAGUGUCUCCCAUGAGCACUCCAGAACCACAGGUGCUUCUUACGCCACCACGGUGCCUCACAGCCAAUCGCACGCAACACGGCGUCCUGCUCACCUGGCUCCCUCCAGCCAAUCACUCGUCACCCGUUGAUCGUUACAUCAUGGAGUUCCGUCUUGGGGAAAGAUGGGAGGUUCUGGACGACCUGAUCCCUGCCACAGAGACUGAGCUGAUUGCCCGGGACCUCGUACAGGAGUCGUGGUAUGAGUUCAAAGUGAUGGCGGUCAUGGAUGACCUCAUCAGUGAGAGCAGUAACGUGGUGGGAGUGUCCAGCACGGACCCGUUCCCACCCGCGGAGGUGGCUGAUGAGGGGCUGGCGAGGCCGGUGGUGGCGGGCGUCGUGGCGACCAUCUGCUUCCUUGCGGCGGCGGUCCUCUUCAGUACUCUGGCGGCCUGCUUCGUCAACAAGCAGCACAGACGCAAGCUCAAACGCAAACCAGACCCUCCCCUGUCUGUGACACACUUCAGGAAAAGCAUUGAAUCACCGCCUCCUCUUACCCCCUUGCCUGGGGUAGAGCCCUGCUGGGACGAGCCAGCCAGGAGCAGCUACAUGCCCCCUCCUGCCAGCCCCCUGCUGUCCUCGGGGAAGAUCAGUCCAGAGAGUUCUCCUCCAUCGCGGCCCAGGUCUCUGUCGUCCGACGAGGCCCAUGGUCCAGGCCUGUAUGUCCGGCGGCUGUCCAGCCCCCAGAGAGACAGGGGCCAGGAGCUUUCUUUCUACAAGAAAACCAAGCGUGCCAUAACCAGUAAGAAGUACAGUGUGUCCAAACACGAGGCGGAGGUGACCACGCCCAUCGAGCUGAUCAGUCGCGGGCCAGACGGACGCUUCGUCAUGGAGAUAAGCCCCCCGCCCCGACGCAUCCAGGGCUUUCCAUUCGCAGAGGAAUCCGACAUGUACCCUGAGUUCCGGCAGUCCGACGAGGAGAAUGAUUUUGACCCCGGGCCCCUGCCCCCGAUCAUGCCCACGCUCCGGCCCCAGCUCUCCCCAACGUCCUCCAGCCUGGAGUCCACGCAGCCCCCCACCUACAGCCCCCGCCUCCACAGGGCCAUGGAAGGUAUGAGCUUUGUGGAGGGCAGUGGGCUUCAUGCCUCAGGGCAGGCCCCCACCUCCCGCUAUCGGGGGUUCCCCCAGGGCCCUUUCUAUGGGUAUCUAGGCAGCCGCGGGGAAUCGGGGAUCCCCCCACCUUUCUACAUGCCCGACAUGAGCCCACGUAGCUCCGCUCUGUCCUCCCCACCGGGCACGGGCGAGGGGCCCUUCGGUUACCCCUCCAUCCCGGAGGAGAGCGGGGAGAUGGAGCACCAUCAGUACACGGCCUCCGGCCAUUCUCUCCCGCACUCACACAGCCCCCCACCUCGCUCGCCCGAGAGCUGGCAGCCUCACGAGUUCCCCUUCCUGGGUCUGGAAGGGACCCGUUUCAUUUACCCACCUCACCACCCUUUACAUCAUCAGCAGGACCUCCCUGACCCUCCCCCCUACCCUCCUCACUUUCUCCCUCCGAGUCGCCUGCACCUCCCACCCCUGAAGGAUCUGAUCAGCCCUCGGCUCCUGCAGCUGGAGGUCCCUAUGGCUCCACCAGGCAGAGAACGGCCCCUGGGGCCUCCAGCUAGGCGCUUAGCUAUGCAACAGGCCCAGAGUCUCGGCCAGCUCAGACACACGACCCACGGUAUGGGCGUACCAGUGUUGCCUUACCCUGACCCGGCAGUCCGUGCAGGGAGCCCUAGCACAGCGCCCAGCAGCAGUCCCCAGUCCUGGCUCAGCCCGCGGGCACGACGUCGGGCAGACCCCGGCCUCCCCCCACUGGUCCUCCAGCCCUCCCGUCUCUCCCCUCUUUCCCAGAGUCCCCUCAGUACGCAGCCAGGCUCUCCAGAUAUCCUAGUCCGGCCCCCUCCCCACCCCAGCAUCCUGCGCACCUCCCGCUCCCUGGAGAUGCCAGAGAUCGCCCUGCACCCCUCCGCCACCGCCAGCUUCUCCCGGAGGUCCUCCCUGGCCAUCUCCCCCACCCACGGCCAGGGCAGCAGACGGCCCAGCCCCAGUUAUCACCCUCACAUGUCCUAUGCCUCCACUGCAGCCAGUUACCCCUCCCAGUCCCCAUCUCCUCCCCUGGAGGGCAGGGACGUGUUCGGGCAGAGGCCGUCCCAGAGAAGGACAGAGGAGGAGAUGCUGCCCUCAGAGCCCUCCCAGCUUCAGAUAUCCGCCUCAGGGGAGCCUCUAGGUGCGUCUAGCGACGCUGCCGGGUCUGAGAGCUUACAAGCACUCCUACAACAAUGUAUUACAAAAGCCAAGAGAGUAGCAGCCAACACCAAUAACAACUCCACCUCCAAGAGAAGAACAGGUGCGUCACCCUCUCAGACCCGACAGCCAUCCCAGACCGCUCCGGCCGGAGAAGAUCUCUACCUCCACAGGAAACGGAAAAGGCAGAGCAAGAGGAACCCGUAUGUCUAUCUGACCUGCCUGCUGCGACGCAGGCGCCCCGACGACGACCAGAUGGGCAUCCUGGCCAGCACUGACUCUGAGGGACACAACUACGGCAGCCUACACUGACCAGUAAGGCCAUCGCUGUCACUAUCAGGCCAAUCCACGUGACUCCACCAAACCUGAAUUCCUGUGUAACACUGAUGACACAAGUGGUAAUCUCCUUUCAGUACUGGACAGCAAGGGAGCGGGCUCUUUUAUAGUCAUUUGAAAGAACAAAAGUAGUCAUUUUUCUUAGGGAUCAUCAUCAUCGCCUGGCUUUCAGGAGUCACCAGGACAAACAAAACAUUGCUCUGAGAACAUACUGUACAUAAUUUAGUAAAGGGAGUCGGUGAAACCCUUCCUGCGGUAAUAGCGUGUUGGCUGGAUUAAGUCACAACACCUUGUUAGGUCUCACUCACUGGUCGCUGAGGUGUUAGUCCUUUGAGGUGUUUCAGUUACACAGUGUACUGUUAUCUGGUUUGUCCUGGCACAGGGACGCCUGUCUACCUUUCCAACAAUUCAAAUAGUGUCAGUAUCUACAGGGUUGUAAUCACCAAAUAUACCUCAGUAAACACAAAGUUGCUGUAAAGCUUGUGAUACACUACGUCUGAAAACUUCUUUCAAGUGAAGUGGUGUAUGCGGGGGGGAAAGGAUAGAUCACAUUACUCAAUUCACACAUUAAAUAAAUUAAAUGACCUGAGUAUGGUCAAAAGUAAUUUAAUAUUGGUCCUAAUAUUGUUAUUUUUAUUCAUGUUGAUAUUAUCCAAUGCAAAGCAUAGAAUAAUAUUCAUAUAAUGCAAACCAUAAGAAGGCACUGAACGUUUCUGCAUGAUUUGCAGAUUGUGUUGGAACUGGUCAUCACGUAAUGUUGAGAUGAGAUUGUGGCCAUUCUAUUAAGACAUGGUCUCAAUGGUCCACUACUUGGAGGGUUUUAACAGGGUGAUGAAUUGUGAUUUGUAUUGCAGUGUUUUACAUGAAUAUAAAGGAAAACUUGAGUUGUGAAAUGCAGCACAUCUCUUGAUGCCUUGUUUGCCUUUUCUGUCUUGUUUUGGAAAACUUUUCUGAAUUAACUGCCUUUUCCUUCGCCUUCUCACUAUGUCUAUGUGGCAAGUUAGAAGUUCCAAUAUUUCCUGUGUGCGCAGUUAAUACUCUCUGCCAAGGACAACUGAGAGGAAAUGGACCUGAAGGCGUGCUACUCUUUUGAUUUAAAAAAUAUAUAUAUCUCUUGAAUGGAUUCCUGCGUUGACUGUGUAUAUUCCAGUAAUAGAACAGAAAUAUGAUAACAAUUAGUGAUGAUAAUGUUGUUCUUUCCAGGUUUCACAAUGUAAUGUUGAAACAUAGAUUUGAUAACUCAAGUAAAUCGGUAUGUACUGUACUGUAUAGUGUCAAUCGAAAAGUACUCAAGUACUGUAGUUAUCAUGCAGAAAUGUGAAACUUGCCAUUGAU